CACUUUCGACGUUCGGCAAUACACGAGAAUCUCGAAGCACGAUUGCUAGUUGCAGCGCUUCGUUUGCUUGCUGUCUUGCACCCCUGUCAGGCUUCACGGAUCCACCGACAAACGGAUUCGACAACAACAAUAAGGAAAAUAGACAAUACGAGAAAACUUCAUCCUUGGCAUUUCCAGCCUCUACACUUCGAGCUGUUUGCUCGAAAAGUCUUCCGUCAUGCCAACUUCGAAACCAGCACCAAUUUCACAACCACUACCGACUCCGAAUCCAACACCCACAUUGUUCGAAAUGGCUAUCCGAACCCUCCAACGCAACGUCGAUGCCAUUACAGACAUCGCCGACAUGCCGUACGAAGUCGCUGAAGGUUUUCUUAAAUCUAUUCACCAACCGCAACAACUUCGCGCGCUGGAAGUCAAGUGUCCGCAGAUUGCCGACGCCGACGCCGAUCUCUGGAAGAAGUUCAUCGCUCGCGACAUCGCCGAUUACAAGAAGAAGUGGAUUGAGCCGAAGAAUCCACGCAGCUGGUGGAAAGUCUACCGCAAGCUCACGAAGGACCAGGAGCUCUUGCAAUCCGCACAAGAAGAUGCCCUCCGAAAGAGCCUUGUCAGCGCUUCUGUCUCGAAGACUGAACACUCUGCUACCUUUGUCCCAUCUGUCGUGCCAUUCGCUGGUACGAUCACCGACGCUCGUGUCUGCGCUGAUGCUCGCGCUCGUGCUCGCACCGCCAACAAUGGAGGUCGCCCAUGGCAGGCUUCAGCGAGCAAGAACGGUCUCAGCGCCAUCGGUAACAUCCGUCGCCAGACUGCAGAGGCCGCCAGAAAUCGAGCGGUAGCGACGAGACAGCCCAUGCGCGGGCCAGAUUCGGCCAGCAAGCUCGCCGCCGGCAAGCAGCAAAUCCGACAUGUCCCUACUACCAUGAUGGAGGCCAACCACCGCAUCCAGCCACGUAAGCUACUUCCUCACGAGCAAGCCAUCAUGGCCGACCAUCAGCGAUAUUCCAAGGAUGUCAUCAUCCGUGCUCCCGCUCGUGCUGGAGCUCGCAACGGCACAGCAUCAACCGCGGCAAUGGCUAUCGCGGCAGCGGAACAAAAGAAGCGGGAAGGCAAUGAAGCAAAGUUGCGAGCUCUGACCACCUCUGCUGCGCCCAAGGCGAAGGAAGCUCAACUCCAGAGAGAAGUGAAGUCAAGUCCCUCCAGAAUGGCGCCACCUCCAGCAGCAGCCAUCUCGCCAAACCAAAAAGCGACCUCGCCGCCCGUCGCCACGCCGUCGCAACAGGCUGGUGUGCUCAAGCGGAAGCGCCCAGCCAACGAUAGUAUCUUUGCGCCGAAGAAAGUGAAGAAGUGA